AUGGUUGGGAAGGUUGAAGUAAUCCCGAAUGAAGAUAUUGUAGUCGGCGUGAAAAACGAAAUUCUGCGCGUGUAUCCCUUCUGGAAGGCACUUGUAGAGCUUCGCGCCGUGUGUAAGAGAAAACCUGCCCUUGUGUCGUGCAAUGUUCGCCUCCUGGACCGUGAGCCCUGUGAGAUAUUUUCUGGUGUUGAUGUUGUGUGGAUGCGGUCUGAUAUCGUUGUUUCCACCAGAAGAACUGGGACGCCCGGCACCGUUGAUAUACAAGGAGGAGUCCAGUGUGACGAAGAGGUGUUUGGCUUCGGGUCCAUGCACUUUGUCCACCGAGACGCUCAUAUCACCGGCGAUGACGGAAGUUACAACCUCCAAUCGGUCGUGUUUUUCCAGCGACAGGAGCAAAUGCAAUGUGUGGCAGGUUAUAUGUUGCAUUUCGCCUUUCUCACGCACGGAAUGAUGCAACGGUGCGGAGUCCAUGAAGAUGAAGGAAGCGGCCGUGCGAGCUUUCCCUCUGCCACAACAAAGGUGCUAAUUCUUGGAAUGGGUGGCAAUAGUAUGGAAUUUGGUCUCCGCCACAUCCUGGGAGUAAAGGCCCACAUUAGCAUCGUGGAAAUUGAGCCUGCCGUGGUCCGAACGUGCCGCAGAAAUAACCUGCUUGAUGGCAAUCCGAACACGCACAUUCAUGUUAAAACGGUAGAGGAAGCUCUCCUGGACUGCCCGGAUGACUUCAACUUUAUUUUUAUGGAUGUUUUUGAACCCAAGACGGGUAAAAUGGUUAACUCACACAAACUCAUAGAGAAAGCAUUCGCAAAGUUAGCUCCCGAAGGCUUGCUCGUCAUGAAUGAGCAUUGCAUACCCACAGCUUCUAAAUUAAGAGAGUUGUUUAGACACAUCGGUACAAAGUGUUUGCAGUAUAUCAACGUUAAAGGUUGGAAUGAGAGUGUUAUAACUGCAUCAAAGAUGGGAGAGACCAGAAGCGAAAGCACAAAGCUAUAUAGUAAGGCGCUUGCAGAGAGCGUACUUCACUCAUACAACGCUGCUUUCCCGGGGUGGAUGCCCACGUACACAUGGAUCGAGCGAACACGGGGCUACACUAUAAAAAACGGAGAUGAAAAACUAUUCGUGCGACAGUGGGUCACAUAA